AUGUUUGGAUCAAAUGUUUGUUGGCAAAAUGCUUAUAAAAAUCUAUUUGCCGGAUGUUCUGAGAUUUUGGCUACUAAUGAUAAAAGAUCUAGAUUAGCUUGGCAUUUAAGUGAUUGUUUUCAAAGAGAUUCUGGCAGGCCUUCCUUUCCUCACUGUGACUCAAAAACACCGAUUGCUAAAUGUCUGAGAAACUUAGAUGAUCUUGCUCAUAAGGUUUAUCUCGAAUUCUACCUCGAAACCAACUCCAUUUGCUAUCAACUACAGACACAUGCAUUUAAACAUGAAACUGAGAGACUUGUAACUGAAUUGAAAAAUUCUGCUCAAUAUGUGGAGGACAAGUUAGAUAGCAUUGAAGAGAAAUCAGAUUGUCUAUUACAAAACUCAAAACAAAUUUCCGAAUCUCUCGAAUCAGUUAAUAGUCACACACAGUUAGUAGCACAAACUGUCAAGAAUGUGGAAGGCAAUAUUGAUGUGAUAAUGGAAGAAGAAGAAACUUACCAAGAUGGACAAGAACGCAGUGAACGGCGGCGACGACUGAAGAAAAGGGAAGAACGACGGCGACGAAGGAAGACGAAGCAGCAGUGA